CGCCGAAUGUCCUGUCAGUUUCCUUACGUAAUUUGUUGACAUCAGCGCGCGAGGGGAGAAGAGUACUUCCGCGGGAAUCUUCUAUCGGUGCUCCAGCUGGUGCUCCAUUCAUGAAAGCGCAAGAGAGGACAUUCGUCCUUUUACAGCUGAGAAAAAGUGCUGACCCGCUGGUCUGUCGGGAGAAUCGCGAGAAUAAGGCUCCAAGCCUUCUUGCCAUCUCGGUCGCUCGCGACCCACCGCGAACCCAGCGCAAGGACCUCAACGGAGAGGAAAGAGAUAGUCAGAGCCGCCAGGAAAAAAGGUAGCAAACAGCCGAAGCAAAAUUCUGCAGUAGUCCACCAGUGUCCUGUAGUGUUCCUCGCGAGUAUCGGUGCCAUCAUCAUCAUCGACAGGCGACGGUGACCCGUAUCACUAGGUGUACCUUUUCACCCCGUCGAAUGUCGGCCAGGAGUUGUGGUGACCAGUAGCAGGGUCCGGUCCGCCACCCAACCCACUCGCCGAAGUUUUUACCACGAUACCGGACUACGAUGGCAUCACACAAUGGACGAGAUAGCAAAGAGCUGCUACCGAAUGGGAGCAGCUCGCAGCGACCGCACGAACGAUUGGUCCCGACAACUAGCCACACAAACGGUCACGCGGUGCAACAGCAGCAACCGCAGCCGCAGCAGCAGCAGCAGGAACAUUCAUGUGAAAUCUGUGGCAUGUCCGGAAUGUCGGAUGAGGCAAUGCGUGACCACACGCGCCAGAACCAUGUGGAAGGUAGUGCACAGUGUCCGUUCUGUGGGCUAAGCGGUGUGCCAGCCGCCGAGCUGCUACUUCACGUGAACCAGGCACACCUGGACUAUCUGACGCCAGAGAACGAGCUGAUGUCCUUCAUCGAUGAUCAAACGCCAAGCUUUUGCAGUGUCGACGGUGAUUCCGAUUCCAUCUCCGAUUGUCGCGGUCUUUCGCCAUCGAUCACAUCGGAGCUACUAACGCCUGUGUCCGGUGCUGUUGGGGGAAGGUCGCUAGGCGCGAGCCUUACGACCACGACGACCAGCACCAAUGGAAUGGUGAUUGGCAGCAGCAAUACCAGCAGCUACUGCAGUACCAAUAGUACAACCAACCAUCACAGCCAGCAUCAAAUGCCGCCAACGGCGACAACCUCCUAUCAUUUGCCGAAUGGCAACACAUCCGUUUCGACGAGCGGUGGUUGCAGUAGAAUGCAGACCUCGUCGCUCAGCAACACCUCCACGGCGGCCGGUAGUAGCGUAAGCAUGAGCAGCAGCCGCUCUAGUUUAGGUAGCAGCAGUAGCAAUUUGAAUGCCAGCGGCAGCCAACUGGCUAAUGGCAAAGGCCCGAGUGCAAACCAUUUACAGCAUCUCCCUGAGACGGUACCAUCCGAGCAGGUGGGCACUAAUGGCACAAUCAGUAAAGAUCAGCAAGGUAGUGGCGGUGCUGGCUGUCCUCUGUUUAACGGUGGUGGAGCUGGUUGUACAACGCCUGCCGGAGCAGGAGCUGGUGGUCAGGGAUCUCCAUUGCGAUCGCAGCUAGGAUUGAAGUUGAAAACCAACAAACCAAACGGAAGUGGCACUCCAGUGGAAACGAUGACGAUCGCGACAACCGCGACGGUGACGACCAUCACAACAAAGCAGGCGAGUCCUUUGCAGUGCUUACUAUGCCCAUACACAUCCGACAAUCCAAGUGUGCUGGAGGAACACAUUAACCGAUCGCACUUCGAUCCUCUGAGCCCGGGCGUGAAUGGUGGAGCAAACGGUGCUGGCUCUUGUGUGGAUGGUGGGGGGUCCGGUGGUCAUCAUGUCGAUACGCUCAGUGUGCUACAGUGUCCGAUCUGUAAUCGUACAUUCGAAUCUGGUUCCGAUCUGGAGCUACAUGUCAAUAUCGAACAUCGAGACAUACUAAGCCCAGCCAAGGCAGGCGAUGGUAGCAGGGUAGCUAAUGGUGGCGAUGCUGCAGGUGGACCGAAUGGAACUGCGGCAGCAUCCAGUGCCGUGGUAAAUGGUAGCUACGGAGGCAAUACCGGUAGCUUGUGUCCCGUUUGCGGCAUCUCGUUCGAUCACAUGAGAACGCAGGACAUGGAGUAUCACAUCGAACGUCACUUUUCGAAAAGCCCCCAGCAUCCGCAUCAUACCGGCAAUAUGCCGGGUGCUGGAUUAGGUGGGGGAGCAGCGGCUGCAGCGGCCGCGACCGCCGUAGUAGUCGAUCUGGAGAAGCAAGCUCAGAAGCUACGCGAGCAGCGAGAGUUCGAAAUGCUGCGCGCACAGUACGGCAUGGAUGAUCAGGGCAACUUCCGUGAGCAAUCGGCAGCCGCUAUGCAACGGGCGGUAUACGCGGGCGAGAUGAGUGUAGCUGAUUACUACGAGCGGCAAGUAGGGUUGCGGGCAGCCGAAUCACAUGGCGUCGAUGACGGUUCGUCUUGCACCAAGUCCGUCUCGCCACGAGUACUCUCGCUUUCUUCCUCCUCGCCGAACGUGAUCAAAACGUAUGUCUGUUCCAGUGU